CGGCGUUGAGGAGAGAGUUGUCCCUGUUGUUGGGUCAUUGCUUGGUCUGACAUUUCGCUGGUCUGGGAGAUAACAGACCGGCCCUUGUAGGAGUGAAGUGCUCCGCUGGGAUUACUCAGUAGAAUUUGUUUAUAGGGGAACUCAUUUCAUAUGGCGACCUCUAGCAAGCGAAGAGACUCGAUUGAACAGCAGACUAGCACAAAAGAUUCUGUUAUACCAAGAGUAACGUGCUGUGAAACGGAGUGGCAAACACCUGUGAUUUCACAAAAAUAUCAACGCAAGACUGAAAGAAGGCCCAGUACAGCUGAUAGUGGAGACACUGCUUUAGGCACAUCUUGUUCUGAGAGCACUGAUGAUUUCUGCUGCUCCAGUGAGAGUUCGUCAUUCAAACCCAUAUGCUCACAAUCCAUCAUCCCUACUGCCCAUGUCAUGCCUUCCACAUCCAGCAACAUGCCAUCUAAUCUCCACUCAAUGGGCAAUCCAGUGUUUAAUUCCAUAUCUUUGCGGCCAAGUGUUCCCUCAGAAACCAGAGAUGAAAAAUUUGGAACGAAGUGUUCUUUAUCCAAGUUUAAUGGGGUAGAUGUUUCUAGUUUUGAGACUAGAUCUAGCAAAAUGGAAGAUUCUUCUGCCAGUAUGAGAGCUUUGCCUAUAGAUUCCACAAACCUCUGCAGAUCUGGAUUGAAUUUGCUUGACUAUUCUUUGUACCCAAAUGUUGAACAUCUGAGAUUGGAGGAGAAGGUGCAAAAAUUCGAAACUCCUCAUGUUGAACCAACCUUAAAUCAAUCUGCAUUUUUGGAUACAAUAUGCAGUGAACCCAAGUACAGAUUUCAAGAAUCUGUCAAGAAUGAGACACCCCAUAACAUCAGUGGCACUGGAGAUGAGGAUAAGUGCAUUAGUUAUGACAUGACUUUUAAAUCUUUGCCUGAGAGUAAAUCUGUACCAGUUGGCACUGCCCAGUUAGGAUCAAGACCUUGCUUGCAUCCAAAUGGUGGAGGAGGGUCCGUUCCUGAAGGGCUCCAUACUUUACAAGGACAACAAACACUUUGGGCUCCAAUAGGGUCAAGAGAACAAAUGCAUGGGAAACAUCUCAACUUUCGAUCCAAUGAUAGACCUUGUGACCUAACCACAUGGCAGCAACAACAGUUGGAGAGUCUUAGGCUACAAGUGCAACAGAUGCAGGUUUUGAACCAUGGUUCUCAGCAGUGUCCUACUUUGUAUCCUUUUGCACAUCAUGAACCUAACAAAUGGGACCCAUUAAUAAAAGCAAAUGAGAGCUUAUUGAAAGAGAAGGAAUUGGUGAUUGAACGGCAGAAACAACAGAUCUGUCAGCUGGAACAGAAAAUGAGGGAGAGUGAGUUACAGAUGCACAGUGCCCUGCUAGGGCGUGCUGUUCCACUCAGUGAUGUCUGCAUACUCCGAUUGCAGGAAUCUCUAAGGGAAAAUGCUUUCUUGCGGGCGCAUUACGUUGAACAUACAGAGGCAUUGGGUAAUGAGAAAUUGGAGAUAGAGAAAAAACUAGCAGCAGCAGAAGUGGAGAUUCGCCAACUGAAUGAGAGUCUCAAAGAAAAUGCACAGAAGCACUCUGAUGAUAUGAAGAGAAUGGAGGAAAAGGUCCGGGGCCGUGACAAACACAUCAACAACCUGAAGAGGAAGUGUCAGAAGGAGGCAGAACAAAACAGAGAGAAACAACAACGGGUUGAAACUUUGGAGCGGUACCUGGCAGACUUGCCCACUCUGGAUGAUUAUCAGAAGCAAAGCCGACAGCUGAAGGACUCAGAGAUGAAAGUUGAAGUGCUGCAGAGCACAGUACAGGAUUUAGAGGCCAAACUUGGAGAAGCUCGUGCGCAUUGCAAGGAAAAAGACAACAUUCUGGAAAAUCAAAAGCAGAAGGAGAUGGAGCUGGUCUCCACAGUCCACAGCCUUCAAGAGAAAGUUGCAAAAUGCCUGGAGGAUGGUGUUCGGUUACCUAUCUUGGAUGUAGAAAAGUUGAAGUCUGAGAGCAACAACCUCAAAGGAGAUUAUGAACGAGCCAUGAAGAUUAUUGAUAAGCAGCAAAAGAAAACAGAGCAGCUUUCCUCACAAAUACAGGGCCUGGAAGAAAGGGUGACACAUGAAGAAGGGACAAGCCAAGGUCUUCGAGAAGAACUGUCAGGAAAAGAGAAUGAAUCACAGUUAUUAAGAAAGGCCAUGAAAGAGCUUUCUGCACAGAAUCAGGAACUUAUUGAAAAGAACUUGACUCUUCAGGAGCAAUUGGGACAAAUGGAUCAAAACAAACAACUACCAUCGGAGUGCGUGCAGCUAACAGAGAAAUUGCACAGAGAGCUAGCCAGGAGUCUGCGUGAUCUACAAGCAAUCUGCAGCAUUCUUACACAGAGAACCCAAGGCAAAGAUCCUAACCUCUCUCUCCUGCUUGGCAUACAAUCAAUGCAUUACACCAGUGCAGAAGAAGGAGACUGGCAAAGCGUUGAGCAGCUGACCAAGAAACUGGCUGAAGUGAGGCAGCUGGGCAGAGAUAUUGAUGAGUUGCGAACAAUGAUAUCCGACCGAUAUGCUCAGGAUAUGGGUGACAACUGUAUCACACAGUGAACGUAUGCAGUUGGUUGCUGGGAAGGUGGGUGGGUCCACUCCAUUGGGUCUUAAAAUCUGUCCAAAAAAAUGCCUUCAUUGAAGUUAAUUCAAGAAACUAUUUCACAAGCUUGCUACAUUGGCACUUUCUUGUAACUUGCAACAGAGAUGAUGUCAUCACAGUUGUGCAACUUGCACCUUUAGGGUGUUAGACAGCAGCAUUCUUUCGCAUGCUACCAUUGUGAUUGUAUUCUCGCUGCAGAGGAAAAGUGCAUGUUCACCUGCCUUGUGAACUGUCGUCCUCUUCCAAAUGAAAAUAACAAUAUUUCUGGUAACCUGCAAAGCAGCUGAAGCUUUGAGAAUCAGACUGCAGAUGCCUGAAACCCGAAAGUGUUGGAAGUUAUCUGGUCAGAUGUCAUCUGUUACAGAUCAAUAAUCUUUGUCAGCACUACAUUGUUGAUUCUUUCCCUUUCCAUAGUUGCUGCCCAACAUAUUUCCAGCAAUGUUUCAUAAAUAUUUCUAAUGCCAGUUCCAGUUCAAAUGAACUUCUGUCAGCUAAACUUCAAGUUUGUAGUCAAAAUAAAAUUCUAAGGAUGGGAAUUGAUGAACACUUCUCAGUGAGCAGCCAAGUCUGUUUUGGAAGAGAAGAGAUUUUGUUGACUAAAUUUAGAAGUAGAUAUAGCCUUAUAUUGAUGAACUUUUGGAUGAGAAGGCUUUUAAGGAAUGAGUUACUUUUAACAGCAAAAAUUAAAGCACAGUCCAGAGGAAGAAAUGUAAUUAAUAAACACAUUUAUUAAAGCAUUUUCUGUUUUUACACCCAGAUAUUACUGUGUGAUAUUGUUGCUAUCUCUCUGUAAUUUUAUGCCUCAUUACUGGUGGUAUGUGUUUACUUUGGUGUAAUUGGACAGGAAUGUGUGUGUGUGUAAUUCUUCUGGUCCACACCACCUCGGCAGAGUUAAUCUCUAUUAAUUUUAAAUCUUGUUCUGUUUUUUAUUGGUAAAUAUUGCACUCAAAAUGAAUCCUCUUCCAGACCGAGAAAUGGACAUUGUCACACUGGGAACUGAUACAUGUGCAGAUUUCUCCCCUCCUGUUGAUUUAUGCCAAUCUGAUUUUCCCUUCCACUGUGAAUCUAUCAGAUGAUCCAAAUGCAAGUUGGAAGCAUUAAGAAUUGAAUUGCAACUACACAAUCAAAACUAAAACCUCACAUGCAGGAAAAUGUUGAAUAAAUGAAUUAAGCGGACUGUUAAGUUUUCAGGCCUUUCUUGAAAUCUCAAAAGUGGAGUGUAUUGAAGUGGCCCUGGGUAUGUUAAAUGCACAUUUGAAACUGCACUCUGUUCGAGUUAACUGUGACAAAAAUGAUUUUGUAUUUAACUUUGAAUAACGUGAACCUAGGGUCUGAUCAAGAAGCAUUGUUGAACAGUUACCUGUAGAAGAUCCUUACUUUGGGCAAUGCUUUAAUAGUAACAAACUGAAAGAUUUUCAGUCCGAGUUUCUCAGGGUGUUGCUGUCAAAUAUGGACAGAGAAGCUUGUUUUCCGUCCAUUUCCUGCGUUUGUGGAUUGAAAAGCCUCAUCUGUAAAUAACGUAAUAUUAAUGAUUUGCUAUAUUUAUCUAAGUCCCAUCAGUGAUUCACUUUGUCCAGUGGUCUGUGAAUAAAAGCUUUCCUUUGUAUAAUAUUUGAUGCAAAAUUAGACUGUUUCUGAACUUCUACCAGACUAUGAAACUUUGUGUUUUUUCAUACUGAAAAAUAUAAAGAUGCAAAGAUGUAGGGAAUAAUUUAUGUCUAAUAUAACUGGAAAGUGCCCUGCAAAUUGAGCCAUAGCUCGGGAUAUUUCAUCUGAUAAAAUGCAGGUUUAAUUGUGAUAGUCAAAUUCACACCAUCUCCUUUGCCUUGAAAUCACAUCCGUUUAUACUGAUUUUAACUUUUUCUAUGUUUAUAAUGCCAAGAGUUAUUUAUAAAUUUAAUACAUUAUGUUUGUAUUUGCAAAUAAAAUUUAUA